AUGACAUCUCAACAACAAUUUAAGCCAAGUCCAUUUUUAUUUGCAAAUGUAUGGUCACGAAUAUUUCAUAGUUGGAUAUCUCAAUUAUUUGAUACAAGUCAUCGACAGAAAACACUUCAUCUGACUGAUCUUUAUGAUCUUCUUCCUGAAUAUGAGUCAAUUAAACUUACAGAAAACUUAGAAAAUAAUUGGUUUGAUGAAAUAAAACAUCAUCCUAGAAAACCGAAUCUUUUUCGUGCUACAAUUCGUACAAUUAGAUCAAAACCAUUUUUACUUGGUUCUCUAUUAAUUCCUCAAAGAAUAGGAAUCCUGACUCAACCAUUAUUAAUUAUAUCUUUAAUGAGAUUCUUUGAACCAUGCUCCACUAUGUCUAUACAAUAUGCAUGUUUUUUGGCUAUUCUAAGUAUGUUAGCGGCUCUAUGUUCAAGUUUUUUUCAUCAUAGAGGUCAAAAAGCAAGAAUAAAUCUAGCAAGAGCAUUAUAUCGUGAUGCUGAUAUUUAUUUAUUAGAUGAUCCUCUUUCAGCUGUUGAUGUUAAAGUUUCGAAACAUCUUUUUGAAAAAUCAAUAAAAAGUUAUUUAUGUAACAAAAUUUGUAUUUUAGUUACUCAUCAAAUUCAAUUUUUACGUUAUGCAACAAAAAUUAUUCUACUUGAAAAUGGAGAAAUGAUACAAACAGGAACAUUUGAUGAAUUACUUACAAUAUCAUCAUCAUUUAAUUAUUUAUUAGAAGAUAUUCAUCAACAAGAAAAAGAAAAAUUUACACAUCGAAUGAAUAUUCGACGAAGACAAUCAAUUAAACCAUUAACUUCAAUAGAAGAUGAAAAUGAAGAUGGAUUUUUAAUUGAUACAGAAAAUUUUGAAACAAUAGAAAAAGGUUCAGUCAAAUGGAAUAUAUAUAUAUCAUAUUUACAAGAAGGUGUUCAUGUUAUUUUUGGUAUUUUUAUUUUAAUAUUUAUAUUUGGUUUUCGUCAAACAACAUCUAUUAUCUAUAGUUGGUGGUUAGCUAAAUGGAGUGAUGAUGAAAAUUAUCGAUAUCGACAUCAAAAUAAUUGUACAAAAAUAAUAAAUCAACAAAUUAAUAUUAUACAUUCGAUGAAUAAUACCGAAUGGAAUGAAUAUCGAAAUAGUCGUUUCUAUUUUUAUUGUGGGAUUGCAUUAGUUCUCUUAAUUCUAAGUCUAAUACGUAUAAUCAUUAUCAAGUUAAUAUGUUUGAAUAGUGGACGAACACUUCAUAACAAAAUGUUUCAACGAUUGAUUCGAUGUCCAAUUUCAUUUUUUGAUUUAAAUCCUAUUGGUCGUAUUUUAAAUCGUUUCACUAAAGAUAUAGCUAUUGUAGAUGAAUAUCUUCCAUGGACAUUUUUUGAUUUUCUUGAAUGUCUUUUUCAAGUAUUUGGUGUAAUUGCUCUUGUUAGUUGGCUUAAUCCAUGGUCAUUCAUACCAGCAAUAAUAGCAACUAUUAGUAUGUUAUUUAUUCGUCAUCGUUUUGCUCAAUGUUCAAGAGAUCUCAAACGACUUGAAAGUACAUCCAGAAGUCCAAUUUAUUCUUAUUUAACAUCAACUAUUCUUGGACUUAAAGUUAUACGAUCAUAUCAUGCAGAAAAAAUUUGUUUAUCAGAAUUUUUUUCUCUUCUUGAUGAUAAUUCACGUGCUAAUUAUCUAUUUCUAACAACUAAUCGAUGGGCGGCUAUUCGUUUUGACUGGAUUACAAUAUUUUUCAUUGCUAUUGUAACAUCAAUGGCAUUAAUUGUACAUAUUACAGGUCGACUAUUUUCAGCUGCCGAUAUUGCUCUUACAUUUUCAUUCAGUCUUAAUCUUAUGGGUCUUCUACAAUGGACUAUUAGACAAUCAGUUCAACUCGAAACACAAAUGACAUCAGUCGAACGAAUACUUGAAUAUUGUGCACUUGAUCAAGAACCACCUGCACAAGUAUCACCAAAAAAUCGACCACCAACAAAUUGGCCAUCACAUGGUGAAAUUAUAUUCGAAAAUGUUUCUAUGUCUCAUUCAAAUAAAUUAAAUGCACCUCUUGCUUUAAAUAAAAUUUCAUUAAUUAUACGAGCUAAUGAAAAAAUAGGUAUUAUUGGAAGAACAGGUGCUGGAAAAAGUUCAUUUAUUCAGACAAUAUUUCGAAUGGGUAUAAUUAUUAAUGGACAAAUUAAAAUUGAUAAUAUUGAUAUAUCAACUAUUGGAUUAGAUGAUAUUCGACGUCGAAUUUCAAUUAUUCCACAAGAUCCUGUUCUUUUUACUGGAACAAUUAAAAGUAAUCUUGAUCAAUUUGGUAAUUAUUCGGAUAUUGAAAUAUGGCAUGCACUUGAACAAGUACAACUUAAAAAAUUAGUUAGUAAUGUUAUGCCUAAUGGUCUUUAUUCAUAUGUUAGUGAAAGUGGUUCAAAUUUAAGUGUUGGACAAAAACAAUUAAUAUGUUUAGCAAGAGCUAUAUUAAAAAAGAGUAAAAUACUUAUAAUUGAUGAAGCAACAGCUAAUGUUGAUAAUGCAACGGAUGAAUUAAUUCAACAAGCUAUUCGUGAACAAUUUAAAAAAUGUACAGUAUUAACAAUAGCUCAUCGAUUACGUACAGUAAUUGAUAGUGAUCGUAUUCUAGUACUUGGUAAUGGAAGAGUAUUAGAAUUUGAUACACCUCAAGCAUUACUUUCAGAUAGAAAUUCUCAAUUUAAUUCUUUUGUGAAACAAACUGGAAUAUCAGAAGCUGAACAUCUUCGAACAUUAGCAAAUAAUGCUAGAUCUAAUAUUAAAAAAAAUCAAGAUAUAUUUCUUUAUAAUGAAACUUUAUUAGAAAAUGAUCAUGAAACAGAUUCUCUUAUUUCAACUUAG